CGAGGCCAGGGGGUCGCCGCGAGUUCUGCCCUCUCAUUCCAAACGCCAACACAGCAGACGGUGCGAGUGGACGUGUCCUCUGCCCGACUCAUCCCAAGAGCUAUUCUUUGGUGAGGAGAUCCCUUCAUCUCUCUCUCUCUCCUUCGUCGUCGCCUUCUUUCGACUCUUUCACCCUUUCCUUCAGGUUUCUUCCUUCACUGAAGUUCUCUCUUUGCAAACCCAACUCAACAGUCACAAAGAACCUUUUUUUCUCUCUCAUUUUCAUCUCCCCCGUUCCUAUCUGUGUUUCUUUCUUUCCUUCUUUCAUUGAGAAGUUGAGGAUAACAAAGAAAUAUAAAAGAUGAGUAGUAGUAACUUGGAGACUCGAUCUCUGCUGGAUGAAAUCCGAAGCUUCGAUAAUGGCUACUUAUUUGAUCUCGGCCAUCCCCUCCUCAACCGCAUCACCAAUAGCUUUGUUAAAGCCGCUGGGAUUGGAGCAGUUCAGGCGAUCUCUCGCGAUGCUUAUUUCAUCGCCAUUGAAAGCGCGGGAAUUGUUACUACCGGGAUUCCAGAUCUCCCUGGUACCAAGAAGCAACGGUUCCCAGACAUCAGCGGAGAAAGUAGCAGCAGAUCUCUUGAAGCAAUGGUAAAAAAUACUGGCAAAGAGUCUUUGCAGUGGGGAUUAGCAGCUGGAAUGUACUCGGGCCUAACAUAUGGCCUCAAGGAGGCUCGAGGGGCUCACGAUUGGAACAGUGCAGUUGCAGGUGCAAUUACUGGUGCGGCAUUGGCAUUCACCUCGGAGGAUCGUUCGCAUGAGCAGAUAGUUCAAUUUGCCAUUACAGGAGCUGCAAUCUCUACGGCUGCUAAUCUUUUCAAAGGGAUAUUCUAGAUUGGUAGUGAAAGGAGAUGGGAAGUUAGAAGCUGUGAUCUAAGAAACAGAUGAGAAGCUAGGUGCAGUGCUUCAGGCCUUGAGCUUCUGUUUUCUACUCUCUGUGUUUUUUUUCCCCUCCCUUCUUGCAGAGAGUCUGAGAACUUGAUUUGCAUUUUACUCAUUUAUGUUGAGGUGUAAAAAAAGAGUUUUAGAGGUAUAAACCACAUAGGUGAUGUGAAAGUUGGAUGUGUUUAAUAUGCCUUUGGAUCAUUUCCACCUAAUUUUUUAUGUUUUUGGGUUGGGAGACUUGGUCCUCAUGAAAAGGUAUACUCUCAACUCAAAUUGGAAAUGGAUGGGUGGCAGUGUACAGAUGUUCAAAGGUGCACCAACUAGAGCCAAUGAGGACGAACUAUACAUAUCACAUGGCAAAAAUGGAUUUUGUUUUAACCAUUUUUUUUUGGAUACCACAUGUUCUGGCCAUAUAUUUGGUGCUUCUACUUAAUAUAUCGGUCUUUUUUUAGAUGAAAA